AUGGAAGGUAGUGGGAAAAUGUUAGUAUUAGCUGUUGGUGAACAUAGUCAAACAGGAAUGAUAUUUAAAUUAUUGGGUGCAACAAGAGAAGAUGAUGAAGAAAAAAAACCAGUUAAAAAACAAAAAGAAAAUGCGAAUGGUCGUGUUGAUGUUGAUGUUAAUGAACGUUUGGUAACACCAGGAUCGACUACAGGUCCAAAUGAAAAUAAUCAUGAUGCAACAGAAUUACAAGAAGUUGCAAUUGGCCCUCAUGAAAAAGAAACAGCUGGUGAUGAAGAUACAGGAGGAUUUAAAGUUAAAGAACGAUCAAUUUUACAAGCAAAAUUAACUAAAUUAGCUAUUCAAAUUGGAUAUGCAGGUUAG